CUUAUGUGCUACGAUAGGAAAUAUGUAAACAAUGCAUAUGGUGGGCGGAUCAUCCCCACUAAGUGAACCACAUAGAUGGUAUGCUUGUUUACUUACAGCACUGGGGUUGACCGAGACGCGACCUUUAAAAGGGUUUUAUGUGCUGGUAAAACAUCCUAUUGGACUUACUCAUAUUCCACUGCAUUCGACGAAUUGAGGAACUUUGUAAGCUUACCUACCUGGAACCGAUAUUAGUAUCGCGUUAGGUUGUCCCUUUACAAGGCCGACAACCAUCACGACUACGAAAUGAGAGACGAACGAGAUGUUCCCAUCGCGCUUCGUCGCACGCCGCGGCUCAGCGUUGGAAAGGCAGCGCCUUCGGAUCUUUCGCGGUUGGAAACGGCCACAGCAAGUUUAAGGACCCCAACUAAACCCAGAUCCAAGAAGCGAGUCCGGUUCUCAGACCCGGGCCCAGAGAUCGAACACCAUAAUGCGGCCUCGACAACCGGGCUAACACCCAUGGUCCGCCGCACAACCCUCGGUGUUGCUCCAUCGCCAAAACGAAGACGACACUCGGCACCAACUAGUCGGAGGUCCAACUCAGAAGGUGAAGAGGACGAACUAAGCUAUAAUAGCAAUGGAAACAGCGGCAACGAAAUACGCUUUCUCUCACUACGCCAGGUCCUCGACGAUCGCGUCAAGCGGCGCAUCCGUCGAAACGGAUUAAGCGAAGAGAUGAACACUAUCACCCAGGAGAAGCGGCGGCGCACGCAGGGCCAGAAGGCCGAGCUAGAGCGCCUGCAGCACGAGCUCGCGGAGAAGGACCAUGAGAUCGAGAGGCUGCAAAAUUCCACCACCGUAGCUCAAGACACUGGUCGUAUCAUGGAGCUGGAGUACGAGAUCGAUUCGCUUAGGAACGAACUGCGCAGUAGAUCCUCCGGGUCUGGAUCUGGCCCCGAUCCCGACCAGACGCAGGCUUACGACUGGACAAUGGCUGCGAGGGACCCAUUCUCCGAUAGCUAUAUGGACGACGACGACGGCUUCGGGGACACUACGAUGGCGGAUCUGGUGUGCAGCACACCAUCGAAGAACCGCGCAUCGGCGUCUUUCCCCACGCCGCCUUGCACCAGCCCAACGAUCCCAACGACCCCGUGUUCCAUGCGGAGAGGCGCUCCCGUAACGCCUCAAUCUCACGCCGGGGUUGGGAUGCAAGCCGACAUGGGCGUGCAAACAUCAUUCACCUUCCCGGACCCAGAAGAGAAAGAAGCGCUCGAAGCCGAGCUAGGGUCUCUGCGUCUCGAGUUAACCAAGUUAACUGAAGUCCUCGAGACCCACGAAGCCUUCAAGUCCCGCAUCACAGACAAGCUCAGCGCGGUCCGCACCCCGACAGAGUCAGAAGAGAAGCCAACAACGAUGGACGUAGAAGCCCACCUCGACACGGUCCUGCAAUCGCUAUCAGACCGGACCGCCGCACUGCUCGACCUCAACACGUCGCUCAGCGGCCUCGGCUUCCCGGGCAGCGACGCAAGCGAGAUCAUCACGUCGCUGACGAGCGCCUUCCGCUCCGCGCGCCUCGAGCUCGAGUACCUGACGCCGGGCGAGCUGACGCUUCCGCUGUCGUCGCGCGGCGCCCAGGUCCUCGACCUCGUGCUGGUCCGCCUGCGCGACCUCGCGCGCCAGGUCAAGGAGGACGAGGACGCCAUCGAUGAGUACCACGCCCUCGAGCUGUCGCUCAGGCAACAGCUCGGCGCGCGCGUCGACGCGAUGGACCACAUGCGGCGCCAGCGCGAGGAGGACCGGGCCGCGCUCUCCGAGCGGGAUGCAAGGAUUGCGGACCUGGAGGUCGGCGUCGAGCGCCUCAAGGGCGCGGCUGAGGGGUACCGGAGAGAUGUGGCGGAGCUCGAGGGCCUCGUGCAGCGGAUGGAGGACGAGAGCAGGACGGAGUCGACGCGGUUGAGCGCCGAGCUGGCGGGCGCGCAGGCCGAGGUCGAGUGUACGAGAGCCGGGGCCGCGAAGCUCGAGGCUAAGUUGUCGGCGGUGCGGGAGCAGGCCGAGGCUUUCAAGGCGCAGCUGGCGGAUCUGCAGAAGCGCAAGGCGUGCGAGAUGAGGGCGCUGAAUAAGUAUCACGGCACGGCGCUCGCGGUUAGGGAUGCGAGGGUGUUGGAGCUGAGGAGGAGCAUCGAGGAUGUGAGUCGCAGUCUGCAUGAGGCGCACUCGAUGGUGCAGCGGCUUAGGGUCGAGAACUUGGGGUUGAGCAGGCGCGUGGAUGAGGAGAGGAAUAGGGCUACGGCGGCGGUUGAUUCGAUGAAGGUAGAGCUCGAGAGGGUGUUGAGGAUGAGUGCAGAGUUCUUGGCUACGCCUACGAAGGACAGUGGUCGGAGUGGUUUGAAAAGGAGGAGUGUCGCUGUCGGCGGCGGUAGUGCUGAUUCUGGAAGCAGCGGUGAAGGGGAAGAAGGAGAGGGCGAAACUACGACGCCUGAGGGCAGUCCCCUGAGCUCUGGCUCCUACCUCGCUGGCGCACUGGCGAAGUCGGGCAAGGGAAAGAAGAAGCGGAAGUAUGACAGCGGCUUGGGACUACUCGAUGAGGAUGAAGAUGGUUCCGUUGAUCUUGUGUAAAAUGCCUCAUGAUCACACGUUGCUUCACGCAUCGCUCAUGCAGUCACGCAUUCACUACAUUAUUUUUUUCUAUCUACCUACCUAUGUACAAACAUCACUUGUUUCUCGUUUCUUGUUUCCUGUUUCUUGUUUGUCUAUCUACCGGCGUCGGAUCUAGAAGACUACUGGGACUGCCGGAACUAGUUUGGAGGCAGUCGGCAAUGGCGUGUUCGUGAUGCUAUAGCAGAACCGGAUUUACUCUAUGGAUUGGGUCUAGUCCUCUGUAUUGAUACCGCGAUGCUAUGCCUCAUCAAGGCCUCGCCUAUUUUGACGAACGGGUUAUAACUCCUAGCGCUUAAGCACUGUAUAUUCACAUACAUACUACUUCUAAACUACUGCUAACGACUAC